GGGCUCUGCGAGCAGCGGAUACAGCGGCACCCGCGGCUGCGGGCCCAGGAAAUGGGCACUGUUACCAUUACCAUUUUACAGAUGAACAAACUGAGGCCUAGAGAGAGGAAGUGACUGGCCAAGGUCACACAGGUGGCCUCACCUUCCCCAAUGGCGCAGGUUCCAGGGGAAGUGGACAACAUGGAGGGCCUCCCGGCCCCCAACAACAACAACCCUGCAGCCCGCUGGGAGAGUCCUGAUCGGGGCUGGGAGCGGGAGCAACCAGCAGCCUCCACAGCGGCCGCAUCGCUCUUUGAGUGCUCCCGGAUCAAGGCCUUGGCAGAUGAGCGCGAGGCCGUGCAGAAGAAGACCUUCACGAAGUGGGUGAACUCGCACCUCGCCCGAGUCGGCUGCCACAUCGUGGACCUCUACGCCGACCUCCGCGACGGCUUUGUGCUCACGCGGCUCUUGGAAGUGCUGUCCGGGGAGCAGCUGCCAAGACCCACGCGCGGUCGCAUGAGGAUCCACUCUCUGGAAAACGUGGACAAGGCGCUGCAGUUUCUGAAGGAGCAGCGCGUGCACCUGGAAAACGUGGGGUCGCAUGACAUUGUGGAUGGGAACCACCGGCUGACCUUGGGGCUAGUCUGGACCAUCAUCCUGCGCUUCCAGAUUCAAGUAAUCAAAAUAGAGACUGAGGACAACAGAGAGACCCGCUCAGCCAAGGAUGCCUUGCUCCUGUGGUGUCAGAUGAAGACAGCUGGUUACCCUGAGGUUAACAUCCAGAAUUUCACCACCAGCUGGCGGGAUGGCUUGGCCUUCAAUGCUCUCAUUCACCGGCACAGGCCUGAUCUCGUGGACUUCAGCAAACUCACCAAGUCCAAUGCCAACUACAACCUGCAGAGAGCCUUCCGCACGGCUGAGCAGCACCUGGGGCUGACGCGUCUGCUGGACCCUGAGGAUGUGAACAUGGAGGCUCCUGAUGAGAAGUCCAUCAUCACCUAUGUGGUCUCUUUCUACCACUAUUUCUCCAAGAUGAAGGCCCUGGCUGUGGAGGGGAAGAGGAUUGGGAAGGUCCUGGACCAGGUGUUGGAGGUGGGGAAGAUCAUUGAGCGCUAUGAGGAGCUGGCGGCCGAGCUGCUGGCCUGGAUCCACCGCACAGUCGGCCUCAUCAGCAACCAGAAGUUUGCCAACUCACUGAGUGGGGUGCAGCAGCAGCUUCAGGCUUUCACGGCCUACUGCACCCUGGAGAAGCCAGUCAAGUUUCAGGAGAAGGGGAACCUGGAGGUGCUGCUCUUCAGCAUCCAGAGCAAACUGCGUGCCUGUAAUCGUCGCCUCUUUGUGCCUCGGGAGGGCUGUGGCAUCUGGGAUAUCGACAAGGCAUGGGGCCAGCUGGAGAAGGCAGAGCACGAACGGGAGGCUGCUCUGCGGGCUGAGCUGAUCAGGCAGGAGAAGCUGGAACUACUGGCUCAGAGGUUUGACCACAAGGUCGCUAUGAGGGAGAGCUGGCUUAAUGAGAACCAGCGCCUGGUCUCCCAGGACAACUUCGGGUAUGAGCUGCCGGCGGUGGAGGCCGCCAUGAAGAAGCACGAGGCCAUCGAGGCCGACAUUGCGGCCUAUGAGGAACGGGUGCAGGGCGUGGCCGAGCUGGCCCAGGCCCUGGCGGCCGAAGGCUACCACGAUGCCCGGCGCGUGGCGGCCCAGCGUGACAGCGUCCUGCGUCAGUGGGCCCUGUUGACCGGGCUGGUGGGGGCCCGGCGGACGCGGCUCGAGCAGAACCUGGCCCUGCAGAAGGUCUUCCAGGAGAUGGUGUACAUGGUGGACUGGAUGGAGGAGAUGCAGGCUCAGCUGCUGUCCCGCGAAUGCGGACAGCACCUCGUGGAGGCCGAGGACCUAUUGCAGAAGCAUGGACUGCUAGAGGGGGACAUCGCGGCCCAGAGCGAGCGGGUAGAGGCGCUCAACGCUGCUGCCCUGCGCUUCUCUCAGCUGCAGGGCUACCAGCCCUGCGACCCGCAGGUCAUCUGCAACCGCGUGAACCACGUGCAUGGCUGUCUGGCAGAGCUGCGGGACCAGGCGGCGCGACGGCGCGCGGAGCUGGAGGCCUCGCGGAGCCUGUGGGCGCUGUUGCAGGAGCUGGAGGAGGCGGAGAGCUGGGCCCGCGACAAGGAGCGCCUCCUCGAGGCGGCUGGCGGUGGCGGCGGCGGUGGCGCAGCGGGCACGGGGGGCACGGCGGGGGGCGCACACGACCUGUCCAGCACCGCGCGCCUCCUGGCGCAGCACAAGAUUCUGCAGGGCGAGCUGGGCGGGCGGCGGGCGCUGCUGCAGCAGGCCCUGCGGCGCGGCGAGGAGCUGGCUGCUGCCGGCGGCGCGGUGGGCCUGGGCGCAGAGACGGUGCAUCUGGCGGGCCUGGCGGAGCGCGCGGCGAGCGCCCGGCGGCGCUGGCAGCGGCUGGAAGAGGCGGCGGCGCGGCGCGAGCGGCGGCUGCAGGAGGCGCGGGCACUGCACCAGUUCGGCGCUGACCUUGACGGGCUCCUGGACUGGCUUCGUGACGCCUACCGCCUCGCAGCCGCGGGCGACUUCGGCCACGACGAAGCGUCCAGCCGCCGCCUGGCCCGUCAGCACCGCGCGCUCACUGGGGAGGUGGAGGCGCAUCGCGGGCCCGUAGGCGGCCUGCGGCGUCAGUUGGCGACCCUGGGGGGCGCCAGUGGCGCCGGGCCGCUGGUGGUGGCACUGCAGGUGCGCGUGGUGGAGGCGGAGCAGUUGUUCGCCGAGGUGACGGAGGUGGCCGCGCUGCGGCGCCAAUGGCUGCGGGACGCCCUGGCCGUCUACCGCAUGUUUGGCGAAGUGCACGCGUGCGAGCUGUGGAUCGGGGAGAAGGAGCAAUGGCUGCUGGCCAUGCGCGUGCCUGAUUCGCUCGACGACGUCGAGGUGGUGCAGCACCGAUUUGAGAGUCUGGACCAGGAGAUGAACAGUCUGAUGGGCCGUGUCCUGGAUGUGAACCACACAGUCCAGGAGCUGGUGGAAGGAGGCCACCCCAGUUCGGAUGAGGUGCGCUCCUGCCAGGACCACCUUAACAGCAGGUGGAACCGCAUCGUGGAGCUGGUGGAACAGCGCAAAGAGGAAAUGAGCGCCGUACUGCUGGUGGAGAACCACGUGUUGGAGGUGGCCGAAGUGCGCGCCCAGGUGCGCGAGAAGCGGAGGGCGGUGGACAGCGCGCCCAGAGCGGGCGGCGCCCUGCAGUGGCGCCUGAGCGGCCUGGAGGCGGCCCUCCAAGCGCUGGAGCCACGCCAGGCGGCCCUCCAGGAGGAGGCCGCCCUGCUGGCCGUGCGCUUCCCGGCCCAGGCGGCGCGGCUGCACCAGGGUGCGGAAGAACUGAACGCUGAGUGGGGCGCGCUGGCCAGCGCGGCUCAGGCGUGCGGCGAGGCAGUGGCCGCGGCUGGGCGCCUGCAGCGCUUUCUGCACGACCUGGACGCUUUCUUGGAUUGGCUGGUGCGCGCCCAGGAGGCGGCGGGCGGCGUCGAGGGGCCCCUACCCGGUAGCCUGGAAGAGGCGGACGCGCUGCUGGCUCGCCACGCUGCGCUCAAGGAGGAAGUGGACCAGCGCGAGGAGGACUACGCGCGCAUCGUGGCAGCCAGCGAGGCGCUACUGGCGGCGGAUGGCGCCGAGCUGGGUCCAGGCCUGGCGCUCGACGAGUGGCUCCCACAUCUGGAACUUGGCUGGCACAAGCUGCUCGGCUUGUGGGAGGCACGCAGGGAGGCCCUGGUGCAGGCACACGUCUACCAGCUCUUUCUGCGCGACCUGCGCCAGGCUUGCGCGGUGCUCCACAACCAGGAGAUGGCACUGUCGGGUCCAGAGCUCCCAGGCACCGUGGAGACAGUGGAGGAGGCACUCAAGAGACACCGGGAUUUUCUCACCACAAUGGAGCUGAACCAGCAAAAGAUGCAGGUGGCCGUGCAGGCGGCUGAGGGCCUCCUGAGACAGGGCAACAUCUACGGGGAGCAGGCCCAGGAGGCUGUGACCCGGCUGCUGGAGAAGAGCCAAGAAAACCAACUACGGGCCCAACAAUGGAUGCAGAAGCUACACGACCAACUUGGGCUGCAGCAUUUCCUCCGAGACUGUCAUGAGCUGGAUGGCUGGAUCCAUGAGAAAAUGCUAAUGGCACGGGAUGGCACGAGGGAAGACGGCCACAAGCUGCAUAAGAGAUGGCUCCGGCACCAGGCAUUCAUGGCCGAGCUGGCUCAGAAUAAGGAGUGGCUGGAGAAGAUCGAGAGGGAGGGCCAGCAGCUGAUGCAAGAGAAGCCAGAGCUGGCGGCCUCGGUGCGGAAAAAACUGGGGGAGAUCCGGCAGUGCUGGGCCGAGCUGGAGAGCACCACCCAGGCCAAGGCGAGGCAGCUCUUUGAGGCCAGCAAGGCCGACCAGCUGGUGCAGAGCUUCGCCGAGCUGGACAAGAAACUCCUUCACAUGGAAAGCCAGCUGCAGGACGUGGAUCCUGGCGGGGACCUGGCCACGGUCAACAGCCAGCUCAAGAAGCUACAGUCGAUGGAGUCGCAGGUGGAGGAGUGGUACCGCGAGGUGGGAGAGUUGCAGGCGCAGACCGCCGCCCUGCCGCUGGAGCCGGCCAGCAAGGAGCUGGUGGGCGAGCGGCAGAACGCGGUGGGCGAGCGCCUGGUGCGCCUGCUCGAGCCCUUGCAGGAGCGCCGCCGCCUGCUGCUCGCCUCUAAGGAGCUGCACCAGGUGGCGCACGACCUUGACGACGAGCUGGCAUGGGUCCAGGAGCGACUGCCACUGGCCAUGCAGACGGAGCGAGGCAGUGGCUUACAGGCUGUCCAGCAGUACAUCAAAAAGAACCAGGGCCUGCGGCGGGAGAUCCAGGCGCACGGGCCACGGCUGGAGGAGGUGCUGGAGCGCGCGGGCGCGCUGGCAUCGCUGCGCAGUCCCGAGGCGGAGGCCGUGCGUCGCGGCCAGGAGCAGUUGCAGGGCGCCUGGGCCGGACUGCGGGAGGCGGCCGAGAGGCGGCAGCAGGUGCUGGACGCCGCCUUCCAGGUGGAGCAGUACUACUUCGAUGUGGCCGAGGUGGAGGCGUGGCUGGGCGAGCAGGAGCUGCUCAUGAUGAGUGAGGACAAGGGCAAGGACGAACAGAGCACCCUACAGCUGCUCAAGAAGCACCUGCAGCUGGAGCAGGGAGUGGAGAACUACGAGGAAAGCAUCGCGCAGCUGUCUCGCCAGUGCCGGGCGCUGUUGGAGAUGGGGCACCCGGACAGUGAGCAGAUCAGUCGCCGGCAGUCUCAGGUGGACCGUCUGUACGUGGCGCUCAAGGAGCUGGGGGAGGAGCGCAGGGUGGGCCUGGAACAGCAGUAUUGGCUCUACCAGCUCAGCCGGCAGGUGGACGAGCUGGAGCACUGGAUCGCGGAGAAGGAGGUGGUAGCCGGCUCACCUGAGCUUGGCCAGGACUUUGAGCAUGUCACGGUGCUGCAGGAGAAAUUCUCAGAGUUCGCCAAUGAGACGGGCACCGCAGGGCGGGAGCGGUUGGCGGCUGUGAACCAGAUGGUGGAUGAGCUGAUCGAGUGCGGCCACACGGCGGCAGCCACCAUGGCCGAGUGGAAGGAUGGGCUGAAUGAGGCCUGGGCCGAGCUGCUGGAGCUUAUGGGCACUCGGGCCCAGCUGCUGGCCGCCUCUCGGGAGCUGCAUAAGUUCUUCAGUGACGCCCGAGAGCUUCAGGGACAGAUUGAGGAGAAGCGGAGGCGGCUGCCCCGUCUGACUGCCCCGCCUGAGCCGAGACCCAGUGCCAGCUCCAUGCAGCGGACCCUGCGUGCUUUUGAGCAUGAUCUGCAGCUCCUCGUGUCUCAGGUGCGGCAGCUCCAGGAGGGGGCAGCCCAGCUGCGGACCGUGUACGCUGGCGAGCACGCGGAGGCCAUCGCCAGCCGGGAACAGGAGGUGCUGCAGGGCUGGAAGGAGCUGCUGGCCGCCUGUGAGGAUGCCCGCCUGCAUGUCAGCUCCACGGCCGACGCCCUGCGAUUCCACAGCCAGGCCCGUGACCUUCUUUCCUGGAUGGAUGGCAUCGCCAGCCAGAUCGGGGCAGCCGACAAGCCCAGGGAUGUGUCUUCAGUGGAGGUGCUCAUGAACUACCAUCAGGGCCUGAAGACGGAGCUGGAGGCCCGGGUGCCCGAGCUGACGGCCUGCCAGGAGCUCGGGCGCUCUCUGCUGCUCAACAAGAGUGCCAUGGCUGAUGAGAUCCAGGCACAGUUGGACAAGCUGGGAACCAGGAAGGAAGAGGUGUCAGACAAGUGGGACCGCCAUUGGGAAUGGCUGCAGCAGAUGCUGGAAGUGCACCAAUUUGCCCAGGAGGCUGUGGUGGCUGAUGCCUGGCUGACGGCCCAAGAGCCAAUCCUGCAGAGCCGGGAGCUGGGCAGCAGUGUGGAUGAGGUGGAACAGCUUAUCCGGAGACACGAGGCCUUCCGCAAAGCGGCUGCCGCCUGGGAAGAAAGGUUCAGCUCCCUGCGGCGCUUGACCACGAUAGAGAAACUCAAGGCGGAACAGAGCAAGCAGCCCCCCACCCCACUGCUGGGGCGCAAGUUCUUUGGAGACCCCACGGAACUGGCGGCCAAAGCAGCGCCCCUCCUGCGGCCAGGGGGUUACGAGAGGGGCUUGGAGCCCCUGGCUCGCCGGGCCUCGGACACACUGUCGGCGGAGGUGCGGACCCGCGUGGGGUACGUGCGCCAGGAGCUCAAGCCUGAGCGCCUCCAGCCGCGCAUCGACCGGCUGCCGGAGAUCCCGGGGAGGGUGGAGCCCCCGGCCCCGCCGUCGGUACAAGAGGAUGUGGCGGAGACCCCGGGGGCCCUACCGGUGGCAGAGCAGGUCCGGCUGCGGCCAGAGCGCCAGGAGUCAGCUGAUCGCCCUGAGGAGCUGCCCAGGAGGCGGCGACCGGAGCGACAGGACACGGCGGAUCAAUCCGAGGAGGCUGCUCGGAGGCGAAGGCCAGAGCGGCAGGAGUCUGCGGAGCACGAGGCGGCACACAGCCUCACCCUGGGCCGCUACGAGCAGAUGGAGCGGCGGCGUGAGCGGCGAGAGAGGCGGUUGGAGAGGCAGGAGUCCAGCGAGCAAGAGAUGCCAACCAGAGGAGAGUUGGCCAAGGGGAAGGCCACCCUAGCUGACAUUGUGGAGCAGUUGCAGGAGAAAGAAGCAGGCCCAGCGCUCCCUGUUGGGCCGUCGCUGCCUCAGCCUCGCGAGCUUCCCCCAGGCCGCCUGCCCAACGGGCUUGAGCCGCCCGAGCGGACACCUCGGCCGGACCGGCCGCGGGCGCGCGACCGGCCCAAGCCGCGACGGCGGCCGCGGCCCAGAGAGGGUGGUGAGGGCGGGGGAAGCCGGCGCUCGCGCUCCGCCCCGGCCCAGGGCGGCUCCGCCCCCGCGCCUCCGCCACCGCCCACUCACACAGUGCAGCACGAGGGCUUCCUGCUGCGCAAGCGCGAGCUCGACGCUAACCGCAAGUCGUCCAACCGGUCGUGGGUGAGCCUGUACUGCGUGCUCAGCAAGGGGGAGCUGGGCUUCUACAAGGACGCCAAGGGCCCGGCGUCUGGGGGCACACACGGCGGGGAGCCACUGCUCAGCCUGCACAAGGCCACCAGCGAGGUGGCUAGUGACUACAAGAAAAAGAAGCACGUCUUCAAGCUCCAGACCCAGGAUGGCAGCGAGUUUUUGCUCCAGGCUAAAGAUGAGGAGGAGAUGAACGGCUGGCUGGAGGCUGUGGCCGCUUCCGUGGGAGAACACGCUGAGAUCGCCCGCUGGGGACAGACACUACCCACCACGUCCUCCACAGACGAGGGCAACCCUAAGCGAGAGGCAGGGGAGCGCAGGGCCAGCGGGCGCCGGAAGUGACUUCCCAGCCCCUGGGCCUGACACAAUCCCCGCCCCUUCUCUCCGCACUGUGGGCACAAAGACACUUUCUCUUCCGCAGGGGCGGGAGCCCCUAGUUCUACCGACACUGCGGACACACGCGCCAAGAUGGGCACUGGAAAGGAGGGGACUUAUGCACUCCAGGAAGUGGUGGGGGGAUUGCUGCCCCUAUAGCCAUAUCUCGGCCCCUUCCUGCUCGCCACCCCACCCCAGGUGCUGGGGCUUCAUUAUUUUUAUGCAAUAACUGAGUUGGGGGGGGCGGGUAAAGGGGCCAGUUGAGCCAAGCCCCCUGCCCGGAUCUCCGGAUCCUGCCCCAAGAAGCUGGGGUGGUAGGGGCGAUAAUUCCUGCCCCCACCCUCCGCCCUAGGGAUGGGCACGGGGCCGCUGGUGAGGUCCCCUGGACCAUCCAGGGUGCUAGGGGGUGGGGAGGGGACGCCUCCUCCCCGCCUUUACCUCACUUCCAAUGCUGCCUUGAUCUCUGUCUGGGUAGGGGGAGUGAAGGGGCCUUGGCCCCUGCACUCCGCCGUCUCAGAGCCAUGCGGUUAAUUCCUGACUUAGUUUAUUUUUGCAAAACGUCAACCUUCUCCUCCCCCGCCCCGCAUCCGCGAAGGCUUUUAAUGGGAGGGGCGUCAAAGCUCAAAACCGUCUCCCUCUCGCCUCCCCCCUCCAGCUGUAAAGGCCACUUUGUGAGGGGAGGGGCGAGGGGAAGCCCCCCCGCAUGCUUCUGGCAGGAGCACCUCCCUAGGCAGUGGGGGAACCGGGUUGUGGGCAGCCCCCAUGGCCGCCUGGAGGAGACGCUGGGGCCCGGGGGUGUGGGGCGGUGUGGCAGGCGCACACUGUAUGUACCUAUAAUAAAUCCUUUGGCUUUGACGGUC